UGCCGAGUUUCUUUUCCUACGUGAUAUUUAAACAAAAAGAAUUGGUUAAAUUAUAAUAAAUGAGAAUAGAUUUAAAAAUCGUCAGUUUCUCAUAUAAAUGCGUGAAGACUAUUAUUAUAUUAUUAUUCUUCGAAGAAAUAAAUGGUAGAGCAUUGUUCGUUAAUCGAUGCGAUCAAGCAGUAAGUUAAUUUAAUAAGAUUUUAAUAGGAUUUUAGUAAGAUUUUAAUAAGAAUUUAAUAAGACUUUAAUCAGUUAAUUUAAUAAGAGAAAAUGUCGAGAACGAUUUUAUCCUCGGCGUAUUUAACGUCGACGACUCUGUCAAGAUGGCGGCUCGAUCGCCUCAGUCCGCCAUCUUCAGUGCCAUGUGCGCUCCAGCCGAUUGAUUUUCACUUCGUUUUCUUUCGUUCGUGCUUAUCAGUUAAUUACCAGAUAACGUAUCACGAUUGAAAGUCGACUCGAACUUCAUUAAGAGUGUUUCGAAGGAAAUACUCGGUUCGUGAAAUCAUUUCGAACAUCCAACUCUUGGGCCAUUAACUCAGUCGGUGGCUUAGUAACGAAAUACUAGUGACUUUUUCUUUUUCCAUAGUCGAUCUGAACGAUUGGCAAUCUUCUCCACAACUUCCGUUGUUUGAAUCUUCGACGGAAGAUUUCUCUAACUUUGUCGUGCAACGUCAUGGAAAUUUGCGUGGACUCGCUAGAAUCUGCGAGGAAUGCCAUAAAUGGCGGGGCGAAGCGUCUCGAAGUCUGCGCGGCGCUCUCCGAGGGUGGUUUAACCCCCAGCCCGGGCCUAAUCAAGAAGAUCAGGAGCUUCUCGCCGAUACCGAUCUACGCGAUGCUGCGUCUUCGCGCCGGGAACUUCGUGUACACCGACGACGACAUGGAGGUGAUGCUGGACGACCUGAAAGUCCUGAAAGAAAACGGCGCGACCGGGUUCGUCUUCGGGGCGCUGACCUUGAACAACGAAAUCAACGUGGAAUACUGCAAGGAGAUCCUCUCCCACGCCAGCCCCGCGCCGUUCACCUUUCACCGUGCUUUCGACGAGGUCGUCGACCCGCUGAGCUCGCUGGAGACGCUGAUAGGCCUCGGCUUCGAGAGGAUACUGACUUCUGGCCAGAAGGACACCGCCGAGGAAGGCUUGGAGACGAUAAAGACGCUGGUCCGCCAAGCCGACGGUAGGAUCGCGAUUAUGCCAGGCUCUGGCGUCACCAGAAACAACAUCUCGAAGAUCAAGACAGCAACCGGAGCCCUCGAAUUCCACGCGUCGGCUAAGAAGAGGGUGGCCGCUUCCGGCGGCAAUCGAAUCAAGAUCGGAGCCGAUAAAGCGAGCUUUGUUAUGGUUGCCGACUCCGAUCUGGUGCGAGACAUGGUCUUGAUUGUAACCGAGUAAUUGUGUCGAGACGAUUUGGGAGCUGCGUGCAGGGAACAGAUUUUCAAAAGUAAAAGUUUCUGGGCAGUUCAUCUUAGAAUUGGGCCGACGAGAAAACAGUUUUUUCAGUUAAUUAGCGUUCUUAUUCAUUCUUAUUAAUCUAAUUAGUGUUCUAUGGCGUUUUUCAGCCUUUCCGGAGAUGUUUUAGCGAAGAAACCGCACACACCUUUUCAUACAAUCGAUAUCAAGUUCUCUAAACUUUAAGAAAUCAGACCGAAGGAUUCGCGGGCGUAUUUUGUUAUUUUUUAUUUACUAUAUCCUCGAAGAAGAUGUAGAAAGAAAAUUCAUACUGCAUCACCCCUUUAAAUAGAGCAUACGGGUCACGGGGGGGAUGCAGCGAAAGCCGACUCGUUAGCUUCCCCGACGAUUAGUAUGCGGGCAGAAGGACUCCGGGAUCAUUUCAUCGAGUCAUCGAAUGAUUGUACUACUCGGUCCCCGCGCCGCGGAACAGCCAAUCUCCUCUCAUGCAUAAUUUCUGGCACGCAACUGGGAUGCCAUUUACGCGGGCGCGUCGCGAAGCCAUCGCGAUUUGAGCGCGAACGAUGGUAACGUUCGCUGGUCUCAUCGGCGCGCGACCGAACGAUGCAAUUUAUCGCAUCUCCGCGAUGACACCGCAGUAUGCCCGUGAAAAAAUUCCGCUCCAAUUACAGUCGACGGGGCUUUUCGUUCGCGGAACGAUGCGGUGUUUCGCGUGGAAAAAACUCUCCUCGCUGUGUUCCCUUUCGUUGUUCCGAUUAAUUCAGCUGGAUCGUUUUCACUCCAAUUUUCCUCGCAACUUCCUUUUCUACGGCUUUCCAAAUUGCUAAUCGCCACUUUCUUCGGUUCUGCUCGGAUUUCGUUCGAACAACCAAGCCGCGAAACCUUAAUUACGCGAAACAUUCCGCCGGGUUGGCGAUCAUGCGCGGCUGCGGCGGUUUCUUUUCGCGUCCGACGAAAGUCGUACGCAACGGCACGCGUUCCUCUCGCGAUUUAUAUCUCGAUCGUGCUAUUUAAAGCUCGCGGUUCAUCCGACGCAGCGUUCGCUCGCUGUGGAAGAUUUUACUACGGUUUUCCUUUCCUUUUUUCUCUUUUCGUCGCUCCGGCAGAGAACUACGAUUCGCGCGGCGGCUUUCUUUCGCUUACGCGGCUACGAAUACGAAUUUUCGAAAACUCGGAUGAAUCACGGCGAGACAAUAAUUUCGCCGGUCGGACGAAAUACGGUGUGCCAGUUUUCGGUGGUCCAGUUCAGACGUUUUCGCUCUGCUGGAAUAAUUUCUAGGACAAAAACCGAUGGCCCUCGUUGAUCCCGUUUAUAAAUUCUUUCUCUCCGUCCGAUGCAUUGUUCUGCUAAUUUGAAAUUUGCACGACAAAAUCGGCGCAAGCAGAUGAACGAAGAACGUUCCAACGCAGCGAUUAGGAUCGCUCUGUUCGAAUAUGCAACUAUUUAAAUUGGAUUUGUAGCUGCCUAGAAAACUGUGUUCAACGCGUGCUCAAAAUUGCACGCUAUUCAAUCCUGUGCAUUGCAGUCGCAUGUGACAGGGCUUUCUAAAGAUAGCCGAACAUCUUCAGCAGCACGAAUGUAAAUCAACAUGAAAGCGACAUUCAAUUACGAAAGAGUUCUCACAUAAACCCCAUUGUUUAUAUUAACUCUCCCUGCGGUCGUAAAUGAACGUAAAAAUCUGCUACAACAGCAUACCGCGCGCGUUCUCAAUUCUUUAUCCUCCGACUGUUGAAACCAUAAUAAUACCUUCGUUGGAAAUCGUUCGAUAAACUGAUUUGCUCGAUGCAACAUCGCCUCCGCGAAAAUUUCUGUAUAAUUAUUGCGAUAAUCUGCGAUCGAUCAAAUGUAGGCAGUCAUUAUGCGAGAUAAAAUUUAUCACAAACGAUGUUCCGAAAUGAUUUCCCUCGUUUCCGACCUUCCGCAAAAUCGUACGCGUCCAUUUCCCCGAAGUUCUCGGCCCUUUUCUGAAGAAAUGAACCCAAUUACUCGCAACCGCAAAAAAACUUGCAAUUCAAGCAAUCGUAAUUUUGCACAACGGUCCGUGGUAUUCGCAACGUAAAGAUCGCUGCGUUCGCGAAAAUUAGCAGAACAACGGCUAAUAAUAAUAAUUAUGUCGCGAAGUCUUCGAACCGGAAGCGAUCGGGCAGGGACCGCGGAGCCACGCCGUUCGCAAAUCGCCGAUCGACGGACAUUGCGCGUGUCGCAACGGAUCGGCCAAUUUCGAAUUGCAAUCGCUUGCACAAUCACGCGGGCCCGUCGCACGCGGAAGAUGACGGCACUGCGGCCCGAGCGCGCAGUCACUUUCGAUUUGCGACACACGCGGCUCUUCUGUGUCGGCUGUCGUGGAAAACUGCGUGGCCCGACCGCCAGCGAUCUAACUCGCGAAAUCGCAAAUCGAAAGCUGCUAAGUCGGUACGUUUCCGCCGAAGAACAAAUCUUGCGUGAAUCACGCAGCCCGGCCGAGCCGAGGCCGCCGCCGUGUUUGUUGCGUGUGCAAUUUGCACGGACAGUGGCGUCGCUCGGUGGAAUUCGAUUACCAUAAUUCUCGCGAAAAAGGUCACAUUUCAACGUCGGAGAUCAGCGUGCGACGAACGUUCGAUACCGUUCCUCGUAUGUUCGAGUUUUUAUCUGCUAAAGUACACCUUUUUUUUAACGCUAAACCCAUCUCGCCGGUCGCGACGACCGAUUCUACAUUUUAAAUUUCCGUUUUAUUGAAAAAGUAGAGAUAUCCUCUGAGAAACGAUCGAAUCAAUUUCUGAAUUCGAGUAUACGUUGUCCUUGUAAAAGGACAGGUCUAAUUAAAUUCAGUUUUGAUGAUCUUGUGACUUUUUGUAAAGCACGUUUUUUCAGUUUUAGCAUUAACGAAGUCGCUGUAACUGAAUUGUGAUCGAGAGUAAAUUUAGUAGUAAAAUUAGCAGUAAAUUCAGCAGUUCGCAAUCACUUCUGUAUUAUUUUUUUAGGAAAUUUGGACUUCGGAAAUCUUUUGGUUUUAGAUCUAAUUUUAACAGCAACUUUUGAAGUGCUCCUGAGUCAUUUUCAAUUGCUGCUGCGAUAUCCAAUUUCCAUUAAUUUUCAUCGAUCUUCUAAUAAAAUCGUCAAGUUUUAUCCUUGUU